UAAGACACAGUGUAUAAAAAGAGAAAGAAAAAAUCUGAGAGUGGUUGCUGGUGAUGACAAAAUACUACAUAUAUAAGAGCAUUUAAACUGUAAACCAAGGUGCAUAUACUUCAGAAUUUUUUAACAGCUCCCAGUGUCAAAAUAUCUAAGGGAUAAAGUCAGCAUACUUUCUAAAAGAAGGAUUAUUUCCUCUCAUCUGUUUGUGAGCUAGAACAACUAGCAGAAGCAUAACUAGAUAUCUGGGUUACUUAUACUCUGAACUAAGGACACAUAACGGUGUUGUCAUGUAAUUCUUUCACUGCAUCUUAUCUGGAAGAACUGAUAACAGACUUAUCAGAGGUUUCUGUUGCUGCCUUUUAUUUGGAGAGUUGCCGAUAAGGAAAAUCCUUACUGUUCGUAAGCAAGAAUUUAUACUUCCUGUUUUCAGCCUAGUUACUUCUCAACAAGGAGCUCUGAUGUCAGACAGUAAGGAGAACCAGCCUGUGGCCCUGGGGGCAUCCCGGGUGGAACUCCGCAUCUCCUGUAAGAACCUCCUGGACAGGGACACCUUAGCUAAAUCAAACCCUUGUGUCAUCCUAAAGAUAUAUUGUGAGGGCCAGUGGAAUGAGAUAGAUAAGACAGAAGUCAUCAAAAGCAACCUCAACCCAGUUUUCUCCAAAGUAUUUGAUGUGGAUUACUUCUUUGAAGAAAUGCAGAAUCUGCUGUUUGAAGUUUAUGACACCGUGGAUAAUGUUAAUAUAGGAAUGAGAGAUGAUGACUUCCUUGGAUCCACAGAAUGCACACUUGGACAGAUUGUUUCACAGACCAAAGUUACAAAACCUCUAUUACUGAAGAAUGGAAAGAAUGCUGGAAAGUCGACUAUCACUAUUACAGCAGAAGAAGUUUCAGGAACUAAUGACUUUGUGGAAUUGGCAUUCAGUGCUCAGAAACUGGAUAAUAAGGAUCUGUUCAGCAAAUCGGAUCCUUUCAUGGAAAUCUACAAAAUUAACAAUGAUGGCACCGAGCAACUAGUCAGAAGGACAGAGGUAGUGAAGAAUAAUCUUAAUCCAAAAUGGGAACCCUUCAGAGUAUCACUUCAUUCACUCUGCAGCUGUGACUACAACAAACAACUCAAAUUCAUCAUUUAUGACUAUGACUCCAGUGGGAAGCACGAUUUCAUUGGAGAGGUACAGACGACCUUUAAUGCAAUGCAGGCAGCUUGCUCAGGCAAAGAGGUACAAUGGAAUUGCAUUAAUCCCAAGUACAAAGCAAAGAAAAGGAAUUAUAAAAAUUCUGGUGUGGUAGUUCUUACCCAUUGCAAGGUGGAGAAAGUGCACACAUUUUUGGAUUACAUCAUGGGAGGGUGUCAAAUACAUUUUACAGUGGCAAUUGAUUUUACUGCUUCGAAUGGUGAGCCACGCAACAGCCAGUCCCUGCAUUACAUUGACUCAUCUCAGCCAAAUGAAUAUUUAAAGGCUUUGUCUGCUGUGGGAGAAAUCUGUCAGGAUUAUGACAGUGAUAAGAAGUUUCCAGCUUUUGGCUUUGGUGCUAGAAUUCCUCCAAAUUAUGAGGUUUCACAUGACUUCCCCAUAAACUUCAAGUCCGAUAAUCCAGAAUGUGAGGAGAUUUCAGGUGUGAUUGAGGCUUACAAGAAAUGCUUACCAAAGAUUAAACUGUAUGGACCCACAAAUGUUUCCCCAAUUAUUAACAGGAUAGCUCAGCUUGCACAGGAUGAAGUGAAGAGCAAAGUAGCUACAAAAUACUAUAUUUUACUGAUCAUCACUGAUGGAGUUGUGACUGACAUGGCAGAGACACGGGAGAUUGUGGUGCAGGCCUCUCAUCUCCCCAUGUCCAUCAUCAUUGUGGGGGUUGGCAAUGCUGAUUUCACUGAUAUGAGGAUACUUGAUGGAGAUGAGGGUACACUGCUGUCCCCUAAGGGUGAACCAGCCAUGAGAGACAUUGUCCAGUUUGUGCCUUUCCGAGACUUCAAAAAUGCUGCUGCAUCUGCUCUUGCAAAAUGUGUCCUCGCUGAAGUUCCAAAGCAGGUUGUAGAGUAUUAUGCAAGCAAAGGCAUUUCUCCUGAACCUCAUAAACCCUCCUCCCUUGUAGCAAACUGAAGAACAUUCAACAACUGAGUAGGACAUAUACAGGGAAUUUAAGGGUCGAUCUCACCCUACAGUUCAAUUAUUUAUAAAGCUAAAAGGAAUAUUAAUGGAAAGAGUGACUUUUGUUUUCUACUACUUCAUUAAGGGCCUCUAUAUGAGAAGGAGUGACACCUGACAAGUGUGAGGCUAGAAAACACCUGGGCAGCAUGAUGUCAUAGAAUUUCCCAUAUAGCAGAGGUAUAUUAUGAAUGUAAAUGAUUCUGAGUCUCAAACACAAAUGCUCAAAACAGAAUUGUUGGUCUAUCCUUACUAAUGUCAUUUUGUCUGUUUAUUUUUCAGCUUUGUGCUUUAUUUUCAUUACAAAGAUAUUGUAUGAUUUUGUAAUUGAAACCAUAGAAUAUGGAACUUGCCUAAUAAGGCAGGUAUAUUGGUCAAAGCAGAUAGGAUGAGCAGGAAAAUAUAAUGGAUCAUUUGCUUAAAAAGGUAUAAUAUCAUUCCUGGUUGAUAAGGCAGAAACACUUAGAGCUAGUAUUUUUAACAAAAUUACAAAUUUGCCAUUCCUCACUUGGUACAGAAAUAAUGUUUAGCUUUCUUUUCAGGAAAUAAUCAGUUAUUGUAGAGAAAAUGUGUAUUUAUUCAAGAUUAAUGUAUUUCUGAAUAAUUGGAAGUAAGGCUGAAAUAUGAUUAUCUGGUUAUAUCCAACAUGAGAGUUUUUUUUUCCUAAGGAAUAACAGACUUAUUUUGUAAUGUGUUCCUUUAUGACAUGAUGGCCACAUAAUGCCUACUGUUAUUUAAUUACUACCAAGCUAAAAAGGUUAACAACAUACAAGCUACAGCCUUUUGCAUUAUAUCACACAGGAAAUAUGAUGAUUUAUGGUAUGACUACAUACCUCGAAGUAUUCCACUCAGUAAUAAAAGGGCUAAGGAGUUGAAA